UUUACAUUCAAUUAAUAGAACUCGACAAUUAAAAAUAAUAAAUUAAUAAAUGUCUUCUUAAUUCCAUACUUUACCUUUUGCCACUGGUAUGGAUGAAUAUGUGGUAAAAUUUACUAUUUUAGAUUGUUUCCCCUUCGUUGUAACAAUCGUGAAGUGAUCUGGGUGUACUAAUCCUCCUACUACAGCAACUGAACAAAGUUUAAAGUUUUUCUUGUUGAUUUCGUUCCUUUAAAGCGUUCAGUGCUCUAUUUGGGGGCUGGUGGGUGUCGUUCGGUGUUGUUUUGUUAAUCGAUCAAUUGGAAUUUAUAUAUUCAGUACCUGAAGAUAAGAAACCUUAUUUGCAUUUGAGACAUGAGACCUUUUUCUGGUGGCAGCGGUGGUGGAACCAUGGAGUGCGGUAAAUUAGUAACAGAACACAUUAAUCGUAUGUUUGCCAAUCGUGAACCUUGGCAGGUUGCCACAAUAACAGCAACAGCUGUAUUAAGUUCAGUGUGGCUGUGGAGUUUCAUCAAUCAGGAUGAAAGUAUUUAUGUACGCGGCAAACGUCAAUUCUUUCGUUAUUUGAAAAAAGUACCCGCAGUUCGUCGUAAAAUUGAAUCGGAAUUAUCCAAGGCUGAAGGUGAUUUCAGGGAAAACAUCACUAAACUCACCCAGUCAUUAAAGUACUGCAAGGAAUUGCCCGAAAAUGGUUUCAGCAGUGAGGAAAUUUUGAAAAUGAUGGACGAACAUCUGGCGCAGGGCAAUUAUGAUUGGCGUAAUGGUCGUGUUUCGGGCUCUGUCUAUGGCUAUAGGCCAGAAUUGGCUGAAUUAGUUACCGAAGUUUAUGGUAGAGCAUCCUAUACAAAUCCCUUGCAUCCCGAUGUUUUCCCAGGUAUUUGUAAAAUGGAAGCUGAGGUUGUGCGCAUGGCCAUUUCCCUAUUUCAAGGCAAUGAGAAAUGUUGUGGCACGAUGACAACUGGCGGCACGGAAUCCAUUAUAAUGGCUUGCAAGGCCUAUCGUGAUUAUGCUCGUGAACACAAAGGCAUUACGCGGCCCAAUAUGGUAGUGCCCAGAACUAUACAUGCGGCUUUUGAUAAGGCUGGUCAAUAUUUCAAAAUUCAUGUUCGUUAUGUAGAUGUUGAUCCUGUGACACUUGAAGUGGACUUGAAAGCCAUGAAAAGAGCUAUCAAUAGCAACACAAUUUUGCUUGGUGGCUCUGCUCCUAAUUUCCCCUACGGUACCAUUGAUGAUAUUGAAGCUAUUGCAGCUAUGGGCUUAAAAUAUGAUAUUCCCGUCCAUGUUGAUGCUUGCUUGGGCAGUUUUGUGGUAGCGUUGGCUCGCAAUGCUGGCUAUUCAGUGAAGCCAUUUAAUUUUAAGGUUAAAGGCGUUACCAGUAUUUCAGCAGAUACACAUAAAUAUGGUUUGGCUCCCAAGGGCUCAUCUUUAGUAUUAUAUUCUGAUGUCAAGUAUUUGAAUCAUCAAUAUACUGUUACUACUGACUGGCCAGGCGGUGUUUAUGGUUCACCCACUGUAAAUGGUUCUAGAGCAGGUGGUGUUAUUGCCACUUGUUGGGCUACAAUGAUGCAUUUUGGUUACAAUGGUUACUUGGAGACCACUAAAAGUAUUUUGGACACAACUCGCCAUAUUGAACAAGCUUUAAGGAAAAUUGAUGGCAUUUUUAUUUAUGGCAAACCAGAAACUUCUGUUGUUGCCAUGGGUUCUCAUGUGUUCGAUAUAUAUCGUUUGUCCGGUGCUCUUUGCGAUAUGGGUUGGAAUUUGAAUGCUUUGCAAUUUCCUUCGGGAGUCCAUAUUUGCGUUACCGAUUUGCAUACUGCUCCCGGUGUUGCUGAUAAAUUUAUUACCGAUGUCCGCACGGCUGUUGCUUUAAUUAUGAAAGAUCCUAAAGAGCCUGUUUCGGGUAAAAUGGCUUUGUACGGCAUGGCUCAAGCUCUUCCCGAUCGUUCGAUUGUGGGUGAAGUGACGCGUUGCUAUCUAAACAGCAUUUACUACAUUCCGCCACAAAAGUAAGAUGACACCUAAACUUUCCUAGAGAUAACUAGAAACGAGGAACAAAUACACAAACAACGUUAUUUAAUUGUAUUUAAGUAUAUUUUUUUGUAUGUUUACUGACUAUUUGUUGACUUGAGGUAAUAUUCCAUAUUUUUGUAAAAUGUAUUUAUGCAGUUAAAUUUGAAGAAAAAACGA